CCCCACCGUCAUCGCCGCGGCAGACAGCGCUAGGAAACCCAGCCCCGUUAUGGCAAACGGUUUCCAGAAAACCCUCUCCAAGACCUCACUCCUCGUCAACUUCCUCCCCACCAGCACCCUCCUCACCUUUGAGACCCUCGUCCCCACCUUCUACCACGGUGGCGCCGCGUGCAACAGCGUCACCACCCUCAUGCUCACCGCCCUGCUCACCCUGUGCGUGCUCUCCUGCUUCUUCUUCCACUUCACGGACAGCUUCAGCGUGGGCGGGCGGGUCUACUAUGGGUUCGUCACGCCCUGCGGGCUGGUCGCGUUCAACCCGGGUAUCGACGAGCCUAAAGAUGACAAGUACAAGCUCGGGGUUGUGGAUGUUGUCCACGCUGUUAUGUCGGCCCUGGUGUUCUUGGCCAUAGCGUUUUCGGACCGUCGGGUCUCGGGUUGCUUGUACCCGGGUCAUGAGAAGGAGAUUGAUGAGGUUAUGAAUCAAGGGUUUCCUUUGAUUAUUGGGAUUGUUUGCAGUGCGUUGUUUCUUGUGUUUCAUAAGUAUAGGCAUGGCAUUGGGUUCUUGGAGGCAGCAGCAGCUUGAAAAUGGAGUAAUUAUUCAAAAAUA